AGCAAAUAUUUAUAAUGCCCUCUAUGGCAAUUUUUUAAAAACGAUACUUGAGACAUCGUGGGCUAACCAUUUUUUUUUUUUUGUAAACAAUGUCUUCCAAUUCAUCUUCAAAUUUAAAUGAAAAUGAUUUUAGCUCAGAAUUCCAGAAUAUUGAUCUCGAAGAUGAUGAAAAAAAGGAACAGUUAACACGACCAAGUGAAUAUUUAGAUUAUCUUUCCAAGCAAUUAAUGAAUGAUUAUGCCAAAUAUUUUCAACUAAGGCCGACUGCUCAAAUUGAAGAACUGGAUGAAUUGUUGGAAAAUUUAUUAACGCACAUGGAAGAGUUUUAUGGCCUUAUCGAACAAAUUCGAAAUAAUGGCAACCAAUAUCUGGAUCAGUUUUCGAUAAUUUUAUUUCCUAAAAUCGAAGAAUGUCGAAAAUUAUUCGCAUUUAUCGACAAAUUGGAAAGAAUCGUGAAUCACGUUAGUAUACAAGUAUCAUUGAUGGAACGUGAAGUUAGUAAAGCCGAAAAAAUGAUGGGAGCCAAAACAAGUAAAGUGAAAAAAUUGUUGUCCAUUUUGACAAGUGGUAGCCAAUCAUCGGAAUCACAAUCAAAAUUUCAAUAUAUACCUCAAGACAUUUUCAAAACUGAAGACUUGUUAAAAAUGUGAUAUUAGUUAUUACUUUUUUUUAUUAUUCUCAAAAUCUACAAUAAAAAUGAAUGAAUGA